UCUCUCUCCGUCUCUCCGUCUCCCUCUCCUGUCUGAACCGUUAGUUCGCACUCAGGAGUCGGAGCCGCCCCCUUCUCUCUCUCUCUCAUCAAUGGCUUCCUCCCUUCUCAUCAAUGGCAACCCCUCCUCCGCCGCCUCCCCGCGGCGGUCCCCUCCUCCUCCUCCUCCUCCUCCUCGCCCCCGCCGCCGACGCCCUCGUCUGCUCCUCCCAGAAGUUCAGCAACAACGUCCUCUACUCCACCUGCCUCGACCUCCCCACCCUCUCCGCCUCCCUCCAUUUCUCCUACGACGCCGCCAACUCCUCCGCCGCCGUCGCCUUCGUCGCCGCCCCGCCCAAGGGCGAGGACGGCUGGGCCUCCUGGGCCCUCAACCCCACCGCCACCGGCAUGUUCGGCGCCCAGGCACUCAUCGCCUUCCGCGACGCCGGCGCCAUGACCGUGAAGACCUACAACAUCACGUCCACCACAGUCAGGGAGUCGCCGAUCUCGUUCGAGACGUGGGAGCGGACGGCCGAGUACAACUCGGCCGACGGCACGAUGAGGAUCUUCGCGAAGAUCAAGGUGCCCGCCGGCGACCCGGCGAAGCUGAACCAGGUGUGGCAGGUGGGGUCGAGCGUGACGAACGGCGUACCGGACGCUCACGCGAUGGCGGCGGCAAAUCUCGGAGCGAAAGGGACGCUCGAUUUGGUCACCGGGACGACCACGGCCGGCGGCGGCGGAUCCACGAUCAAGAAGAAGAAUAUCCAUGGAAUUCUCAAUGCUGUGAGCUGGGGGAUCAUGUUCCCGAUCGGAGCCAUCAUCGCGAGGUACGUGAGGGCCUUCCCCUCUGCCGACCCGGCAUGGUUCUAUCUCCACGCCUUUUGCCAGACCUCGGCCUAUGCAAUCGGGGUCGCCGGCUGGGGAACCGGCCUGAAGCUGGGCAGUCAGUCUACGGGAAUCCAGUACACUGGUCACCGGAAUAUUGGGAUCGCCCUCUUUGCUCUGGCGACGGUGCAGAUAUUUGCGUUGUUCCUGAGACCGAAGAAGGACCACAAGUACCGGUUCUACUGGAAUAUCUACCACCACGGCCUCGGGUACACCAUCCUCAUCCUGGGCAUCCUCAAUGUGUUCAAAGGCCUGGACAUCCUGCAGCCCGACAACAAGUGGAAAUCGGCGUACAUCAUCUUGAUAUCAGUACUGGGCGGAGUGGCCGUGGUGUUGGAACUGAUCACGUGGAUCGUCGUCCUGAAGAGGAAGAAGUCGGGCGAGCCCACGAAGCCGUACGACGGAUACAACAAUGGGCAAGGGAGGCAACAACCGCUCGCCAUAUGACCAACGAAGCAGGGCAGCGCCGCCGGCGGUUCGGGUCACGUAGGGUCCGCUGCACCUCACGUACAGAAAACGUUACUAGCCUCCUUAUCUACCGCAGAGUCUUCUCUAUAUGUCCGUCAUUCAUAGUUCUAGCCUCUGUAUAAUACGACUCUUGUUCGACGCCGGGUUAUUCUUUUUGCAAUAUAUAUAUUCACAGGUUGUGUAGUGGCCA